UCUGUUUCUUACCGGGGCGGAGACCCACUGUCCAAUCGGCGAGUCCUCGUCGCUGGGCAACAGCGUCGCGGAGACGCGGGGUGGGCCGGGCCUCUGCUGCCCGGGGUCCGCGCACCGGUGUGUGCCCGGCGAGGCGGAGGCGCGAGCAGGGCCGGGCCAUUCACUGCUUCCCUGUGUACAGAGAUUUCUACAGCACCCAUGCUGUGACCCCUGCAGCUGACCGGCACCUAGAGACAGAGCCAGCUCCAUGAGGAUGUUCAGUAGUAUGGUUCCUGUCCAGCCCAGAACUGUGGUUGGAGGCCAGUGGUCACUUACAAGGCCAUUGCUUUAGUGAAGCUUCUUUACAGAACUCUCAAAUUCAGAAAUAUUUUAACUUGAAGGACAUGAAAAGAAAUGGCGACCAUACCAAUGCCAUCAAAGCCAACAGCACCAAAUCGUGCAGCACCAAAGCCAGGGAUUUAAUGAACAAAAUGGCGGUUAUACCAAAUUGGCAAACUUUGUAUCCUCACCCCAGAAAAUGCACAUACUCAAGACCCCAUUCUUCACCUGGCAGAGUAUAUUCAAAGAAUGGUUUCCAAAAUAUGUUCAGACCUUCUUCUUCAACCACAACUGUUGCAAAUCCAAUACUGUCCUUCUUAGAUGUUAAACGGAUUUUAUUUCAAAAAAUUACCGAUAAGAGAGAUGAAUUGAAAAAAGCCUUUCAGCUGCUUGACACUGGUCAGAACCUGACUGUGUCCAAGAGUGAGCUGAGGAGAACCAUCGCGGCCUUCCUGCUGCCGCUCACCAGGGAGCAGUUUCAAAACGUGCUGGCCCAGAUCCCGCUCACGAGCUCUGGCACUGUGCCAUACCUUGAAUUCCUCUCCAGGUUUGGCGGGAUUGACCUGAACAUAAACAUCAUAAGGAGGGGAGGCGUGAGUGAAACAAAUUGCUGCCGGACAUUUAAAGAACUUGAAGUGCAAGUUGGAGAAAAGGUUUUUAGGAACAUGAAAACCAUUAUCAAAGCCUUUGAGCUCAUUGAUGUUAACAAGACCGGGCUGGUUCAGCCACAGGAGCUGAAGCGGGUUCUGGAGACCUUCUGCUUGAAAAUGACAGACGAGGAAUACAAAAGGUUUUCAAAGCACUACAACAUUAAUAAAGAUACUGCCGUGGAUUACAAUGUUUUUUUGAAGAACCUUGGCCUAAAUAAUGACUUGAACCUUCGACAUUUUAUGGGGCAUCAAGAGAUCUCGCGUGAAAAUCAACAAGCUAAGACCUCCAGGAGGGAGCACUUGCCGGGUUCUGUGCCCGCUAACAGCAUCUGGGAUACCUGCUCCCUGGAGGACAUUGAAAGGACCUUUUGCAGAGAGCUUUCCAAGUCCUAUGAAAAGGUUGAAAAAGCCCUCAGUGCCGGGGACCCCUCCAAAGGUGGCUACGUCUCUUUGAAUUACCUAAAGGUCGUCCUUGACAACUUUGUGUACUGGUUACCAAGAAAAACUUUCCUCCAGCUAAUGAAAAGAUUUGGACUUAAAACCACCAGUAAAAUCAAUUGGAAACAAUUUUUAACCUCAUUUAAUGAGCCUCAGGAGUUGGAAGUCAGUUAUAUGUUUCCCUCAAAAAAAAGAAAUAGCUUUGACUCAGGAAACCAACCUUUCAAGGAAAAUAUUAUCACCAAGUUAUUUAGACAUGCUGAAGACAGCUGUGAGGCAUUGAGGAAAGCAUUACUGAUCAUCAACACGAAACCUAAUGUAAAGAUGACAGGGGAAGAACUGCGACGCAUCCUAAAUUGCAUGAUUGUAAAAUUAAGUGAUUCAGAAUUCAAAGAACUGAUGCAAAUACUUGACCCUGGGGGCGCUGGAGUGGUCAGCGUGGGCUCCUUCCUUGACCUGCUGGAGAACCCCAAGAUGAGAAAAACGUGGCCCUGUGUAGAGCCCAGGGUGCCGCUCCACCUGGCCUGGAAUUCGGUGGAAGAAAUGGUUCAUGAUGCCAUCACUAGGCAUCUGCAACCUUUUUAUGACGCGCUGCAGUCAUAUGACCUUGGAGACACAGGGUCCAUCAGUCGAAGUAAUUUCAAGAAAAUCAUGCACGUGUUCUGCCCAUUUUUAACAAACGAACAUUUAAUAAAACUCUGCAGUAAAUUUCAGGAUACGGCUUCAGGAAGAAUCCUUUACAAGAAACUUCUGGCAUGUGUUGGAAUUAAGGACCCACCCACUGUCUCUCCCAUUUCUGUUUCAAAGGCUCAGUCAAGUGAACAUUUUCAGAAAGAGCAGCAGCAGCUGGAUCCUUCAGAAAGAACCAAGCCCACAGAGGGUACCACUGCUGCGACCAGGAACAUGACCAAAGAGGAAGUCAUUGAAAAACUCAAAGCCUGUAUUCAGCAGCAGGACCCCGUGUUCAGGCAGCGGUUCCUGGAGGUCAGCCAGGAGCCCGACGGGAAGAUCGACCUAGAGGACUUCAGGAAGGUGCUGGAAGACAGUGGGAUGCCCAUGGACGACACCCAGUACUCCCUGCUGACUACAAAGAUUGGCUUUAAGAAGGAAGGCAUGAGCUACCUCGACUUCGCUGCAGGGUUUGAAGAGUGCAGUGUGAGUGGGCAGGAGGCCACGCCCCCUCAGACGCCAGCUGCUUCCAAGAGUCACUUGACCGGCAACUUCAUAACUGCUGAGGAGUGCCUGAAGCUUUUCCCCAGGAGACUGAAGGAGUCCUUCCAGGACCCCUACGCUGCCUUCUUCAAGAUCGACACCAACUUGGACGGCAUAAUCAACAUGCACGAUUUUCACAAAUUGCUGCUGCAGCUCCUGCUCAACCUGAAAAAGGGGGAGUUUGAGCGUUUCCUUGAGCUUCUUGGCUUGAGACCUAGUGUCACUUUAAAUUUCCGGGAAUUUCAAAAUCUGUGUGAGAAGAGACCCCUCAGAACAGACGAAGCGCCUCAGAGACUCAUUAGAACCAAACAGAAAGUUGCGGAUUCUGAACUAGCCUGUGAACAGGCUCAUCAGUAUCUUGUUAUCAAAGCGAAAAACAGAUGGGCAGAUUUGUCUAAGAAUUUCAUAGAAACGGACAACGAGGGCAAUGGCAUUCUUCGACGCAGGGACAUAAAGAAUGCGCUCUAUGGGUUUGACAUUCCCCUCACACCAAGAGAAUUUGAGAAGCUUUGGCAAAGCUACGACACCGAGGGAAGGGGGCACAUCACCUACCAGGAGUUUUUACAGAAGCUGGGUCUUCGCUACUCACCCUCCGUCCACCGGCCCUAUGCAGAAGAUUACUUCAACUUCCUGGGUCACUUCACGAAGCCCCAGCAGGUCCAGGAAGAGAUCCAGGAGCUGCAGCAGAACAUCGAGAGGGCGGUGCCAGUCAGGGAUAAACUCGUGGACCAUUAUGAAGACAUCAGCAAGGCCCUCACCACACUGGAUAAAGCCAAGACCGGCUUGGUCUCCCUCUGCAAGCUGCGGCGAGUGCUGCGAGAGUGUGGCUGUCCCCUCAAGGAGGCGGGGCUGACCAGCCUGCUAAACAGUUGGGGGAUCAGCUGGCAGGACAAUUCCGUCAAUUACCUUGACUUCUUGAGAGAACUGGAGAAGAGCAAGUCGAGCAGACCAGAGUCCAGAGAAAAAGAAGAAAGCUUGCCAGUCAAUUUCUCCACGCUGAACCCGGAGGAGAUUGUGAGGAACAUCCAGGAGGUGGUGGACUCUGCCCAGCCAGCGCUGGUCAAGGCGUUUUCUGCACUGGAUAAAGAGGACACAGGGUUUGUAAAGGCAACAGAAUUUGGGCAGGUCCUUAAGGAAGUCUGUUACCAGCUAUCGGACAAUCAGUACCAUUAUUUUUUGAGGAAACUAAGAAUUCAUCUAACACCCUACAUAAACUGGAAAUAUUUUCUAGAGAAUUUCAGCUCUUUCCUAGAGGAGACUGCUGAUGAGUGGGCUGAGAAAAUGCCCCAAAUCCCAACCUCCACGUCCCCCGGGGACAGGGACAUCCUGGAGCGGCUGCACAAAGCAGUGACCUCCCACCACCACAGCAUCACCCAGGAGUUGGAGAACUUCGACACCAUGAAGACCAGCACGGUCUCCCGAGACGAGUUCAGGGCCAUCUGCACUCGGCAUGUGCAGAUCCUGACGGACGAGCAGUUUGACAGGCUGUGGAGUGAGAUGCCCGUCAACGCCAAGGGGCGGCUGAAGUACCCGGAAUUCCUGAGCAGGUUCAGUUCGGAGUGGACAGCCACGCCACCCAUCUCAGAUGACUCUGCCAGGGCCCAGAGAGGGAGCAGUGUCCCCGGGGUCUCAGAAAGAACCAGAUCUGCCAUCUCGCCCACUCGCGAACUGAGAUCGGGGUCAAAAUCUCGGAGUCUCCCCUGUACGCCAGCAAGCGCAGGACUGGCUCCAGGCACCCAGCCCCUGCAGAACUGUGAGCCCGUGGAGAGCAAGCUCAGGAAGCAGAUCCAGGGCUGCUGGCGGGCGCUGCUCAAGGACUGCAAGGAGAAGGACGUGAACAAGCAGGGCACCAUCGCCGCCUCCGAGUUCCUGGCUCUGGUGGAGAAGUUCAACCUGAACAUAAGCAAGGAGGAGAUCCAGCAGCUUUUGGUCAAGUACGACUUGAAGAACAAUGGUACAUUUGCCUACUGCGACUUCAUCCAGAGCUGUGUGCUGCUGCUGAAGGCCAAGGAGACGUCGCUGAUGCGCAGGAUGAGAAUCCAGAACGCCCAGAAAAUGAAAGAAGCAGGCGCGGAGACGUCCUCCUUCUACCUGGCUCUGCUGCGCAUCCAGCCCAAGAUCCUGCACUGCUGGCGGCCCAUGCGGCGCACCUUCAAAAGCUACGACGAGGGUGGGACAGGGCUGCUGAGUGUGGCCGACUUCAGGAAGGUGAGCUCAGCUCCUGGGCUUGGGUGGCCUCUGAGCAGGACCCGCCACCCAGUAUCAGUGGCCAGAGAGCUCCAAACAGGGCCCCUGUGCUUCCCCACAAAGGCCCAGGCCACCCUGCUGUCCCAUACCUGGCCUCCCUGGAGCCUUAUCUGGGCCCCAGGCCACUUGCCCCACCCCUCAAGCUUGGGGCUCCUCCUGAGGGCUCCCCUAGCCUGUGCCCGCCCUGCCCUGCAGCACCACCGCCCUUGGCCAGCUACCUGCCUGCAGCUACUGCUCCUGGAGCCCUGGCUGGGCCUGGGCCUGGGCCCAUCCCCGCCAAGCCCUCCUCUGGGCCUCCUUGAGGACCAGGAAGAGCAUCUCUGAGGCAUGCACACAGUGGGGCUGCACCAUUAUGCCUCAGGCUGAACUGACCAGGCCCAUCCUGCACCUCUGGGCAGCGGCCCUGCCCAGCUCCCUGAUGCCCACAGCUGCCUUCCCUUAGGGCCAGGCAGACAUGGCAGCCAGGGUCUUCCUGUAGCAAGGACCAGGGAAGGAGGGUGGUCCUCCUGCCUCCUCUUCAGAUGGCUUCCCAGGGGCUUGCUCUCAGCAGAGCCGGAGCUGGGCACUGAACGGUGUGCCUGGCCCUGCCGAGACACUCGCUGCUGUCACCCAUGGGGCCUGACAGCCACAGUGGCCCUCCGCCCUGGGGGCUACUCUAAGAAACAAACGAUGACGAUAUGUGGGUAAGAAAUGUGUAACCUAAGCUCUAUGACUAGGAAUCUAUCUCUUGGGAUUUGUGUCAGCUGCAUAUAACAUGGAAAAAAUAAAAGUGGCUGAAGGUACAACUUUACU